AGAGUGUCCACAAACAUUUCCGAGGAGGUUAUUGGAUAUUUUCAUCUUCUUUGAGAACAGAACAUCCCUGAAACGUUAUAUCUAAAAUAAAGUAAAAAAUGGGCCUCUCCCUGUCCAAACGAGUCGUAAACACCCUCCAAACGUCGCCGGAGUUCGACUCUGCCUGCACCACCGUAUUCGCCGACUGUCUCAGCCUAAGUCAGCAGGCCUUCGCCGGAGUCAGAUCCUACCAGCUCUUCUCCGCCACCGAACGCCUCCACGCCAUCCUCUUUCAUACCGUCCCAUUAGUUUCCAGGUGGGUCCCUGACCCUCCCGGCCGGAUCCAAGUGGACCAAGCUCUCAAGGCCGUCAUCUCCCGUCGUACGGGCGGAGAAGAGAAAAUCACAUUGGACGAGGCGCAGUUCAAGGAAUUCGAGGUGGAGGUGUUUGCCGAGGCCGUCGUUUCAAUGGCAGGGAAGGAGGUUUUGAAGAGCGUGCCGCUCGGUGUUGUGGGGAUUGCGGGCUUUGGCGCAGUCGUGAAGCCGGGGAAGGAUCUUGUUGCGGCGGCGAUUGGGGCUUACGCGCUUGGUGUCGUAACUUCAAUUUAUUUCAGUUUGGGAAAAUAGCUUGUUUAAAUCAUUUCAAUUUUAUUUUAUUGAAAUGAAAUAUGGUCUCUUUUUUUGUCCAGACCACCACAUGGUUCAAUAUUUAUCCAUUCAUAAGUCUGGUCAUUUAUCCUUUCAAAAAAAAGUCUGGUCAUUUGAUAAAAUAUUUUAGUCAGGAGUUUUUUCUUUAAUAUUUCAAAGUACUAUCUUAAAGUAGAUUUAAAU